AUGGCGAAGCUGGACGUCAGCAGCCAGAAAAUAUUGCUAAAGAGAGCAAUUUUGGGCUUGAUUGCUAUUGUCGCCUUUUCUUCACGUUUAUUUAGUGUCGUCCGAUAUGAGUCCAUUAUACACGAGUUCGAUCCUUGGUUCAAUUACCGUGCCACACGUAUGUUGGUCAAAGAUGGGUUUUAUGAAUUUUGGAAUUGGUUCGACGACCGCUCUUGGUAUCCACUAGGACGCGUAGUGGGCGGAACAGUUUAUCCUGGCCUCAUGGUCACUGCAGCUAUUAUUCACAAUAUACUCCACUUUUUCAAUUUCCCCGUCGAUAUUCGUAAUAUAUGUGUUCUUUUAGCACCAAUCUUUUCUGGAUUGACAGCGCUUGCUACAUAUCUUCUCACCUCCGAAUUGAAGGAUAGUUCAGCAGGUUUAUUAGCAGCAGCAUUUAUUGGUAUUGCACCAGGUUAUAUCUCACGUUCAGUCGCUGGCUCUUACGAUAACGAAGCUAUUGCUAUUUUCUUGUUGAUGUUCACAUUUUACCUAUGGAUCAAGGCAUUGAAAUUAGGAUCAGCUCUUUGGGCUUCAGCAGCAGCUUUCUUCUAUUUUUAUAUGGUCGCGGCUUGGGGUGGUUAUGUGUUCAUCAUUAACUUAAUUCCUCUGCAUGUAUUUGUGUUGAUGCUGAUGGGUCGUUUCUCUAGCCGUGUAUACGUUUCGUACUCUACCUUUUAUGUAUUGGGCACACUUAUGUCGAUGCAAAUUCCUUUUGUUGGAUUCCAACCCACUCGCACCUCGGAGCAUAUGGCUGCUUUGGGCGUUUUUGGCCUCUGUCAAAUCUUGGGUUUUGUAAACCUUCUGCGUUCUCAUCUCCACACCAAGCAGUUCCAGGCUGUUUUGAAAGCCGGUGUCAUCCUUACUUUCGUUUUGGGCCUCACUGCCCUUGUUGGACUGACAUUGGGCGGUUACAUUGCUCCUUGGACAGGUCGCUUCUACUCUCUUUGGGAUACUGGCUAUGCCAAAGUUCACAUACCUAUCAUUGCCUCUGUCUCAGAACAUCAGCCCACUGCAUGGCCAAUGUUCUUUUUCGAUCUGCAAAUGCUUAUUUUCGUUUUCCCAGUAGGUAUCUACCUUUGUUUCCAGAAACUUCGAGAUGAACAUGUCUUUGUUAUUGUCUACAGUAUCUUUGCCUCCUAUUUCGCAGGUGUGAUGGUGCGUUUGAUGCUGACACUUACCCCUAUCGUUUGUGUAUGUGGUGGUAUCGCUAUCUCGACCCUACUCGAUACUUACCUUGAGUUCAGUAGCUCUCAAAAGGAACCUAAAGUUACUAGAACCUCAGUCGAUACCACCUCUACUAUUGAUGACGACAAGCAAAAGAAAAAGUCCAAUAACAAUAAUAAGAAAGAGAAGAAGGGAAACGCAGAGAAGAAUGGUUCUAAAAUUAUUGGUACCGAUACCCGUAUUCUUGUUGUUGGUUCAUUUAUCUUUUUCCUAUGUAUGUUUGUGUGGCAUUGUACUUGGGUCACUUCAAACGCCUAUUCUUCACCGUCUGUUGUCCUGGCCUCUCGUAAUGCUGACGGUUCCCAACGUAUCAUUGACGAUUUCAGAGAAGCAUAUUAUUGGCUUCGUAAGAAUACUGAUGAAGAUGCUAAGAUUAUGUCCUGGUGGGAUUACGGUUAUCAAAUUGCUGGCUUCUCCAACCGUACUACACUAGUUGAUAAUAAUACUUGGAACAAUACACAUAUUGCUACAGUUGGUCGUGCCAUGUCUACAGAUGAAGAUGACGCCUACGAGAUCAUGAAAAAACACGAUGUUGAUUAUGUACUUGUCAUUUUCGGAGGUCUCUUGGGUUAUUCAGGUGAUGAUAUCAACAAAUUCCUUUGGAUGAUCCGUAUUGCACAAGGUAUUUGGCCCGAGAAGAUCAAAGAAGCAGACUUCUUUACUCCGCAGGGUGAGUAUCGUGUAGACGAUCAAGCUUCUCCAGCUAUGAGAAAUUCAAUGAUGUACAAGAUGAGUUAUUACCGCUUCAGCGAACUAUUUGGUGGCCGCCAACCUUAUGACCGUGUCCGUAAUCAACCUUUGCCUAUGAAGGGUCCUGAAUUAUCUGUCGUGGAAGAGGCUUUUACAUCAGAAAAUUGGAUUGUUCGAAUUUACAAAGUGAAAGAUUAUGAUAACCUUGGUAGAAAUCAUAAGGAUGCUAUAGCAUUUGAGACCGGUAAUAAAAAAGUCAAGACAAAGAAAAGCAAAAAGACGAAUGAAAGAAGAAAGCGUGCAGCUGCUGCAUACGACGAUUUAGACUAA